AUGGAAGCUAACUAUUUUGUCUGCACCCUGGGCCAGGCCUCGGCGCUAAACCCAGAAUCGAAACCAUACCGUACCAUCAGCCAAUUCCUCGCCCAUCAGUCAAGAAGUUGCGGUUCGAAACCAGCAGUGGGCUUUCCAUUACCUCAAGCCCAAGAUGAAUGGGCAUAUGAGCUUCUCACGUUUGACGAUGUCUUCACGGGAACGCAAGUCUUUGCCAAGAGACUUUCGAAGUCCUUCGAUUCGUCUUCAAGAAAUCCGCAAACGGUAGCUCUGAUGGCUCAUAGCUCCCCAGAGUUCCUCUUCACAUGGCUUGGUCUGAUGUAUUUGGGGCACUCUGUCCUGCUACUUGCACCACAAUGCCAACCAGGUGCCAUCGUGCACCUUUGUAAAGCAUGCAGCGUUUCAAUAUUGUUCUACGAUGCAGCCCAUUCUCAGCGUGCAGUGGAUGCAGAUCAGUUACAACAAAAUUGCGAUGGCCCCAAGUUCUCCAUUGUGGAAACACCGCUUGGUGGACACGAGGACAUCUUCCAGAUCAUCCGAGCGCCACAGCCGGACUUCGCGCCAGUUUCUAACGUGGACGAGUUCUCCGUGGCUUAUCUCCACCACACGUCAGCUGCAUCAUCCACCUCAGACCCGACACAGCCAGCAGUUAAGUAUUUCUCUUCGGUACCGUAUGUGCUGCAGAUGAUGGAGGCCGAUACGAAAGGAUUGGAGAUCUUAAAGAGCAUGGACAUUGUGGGUGUUGGUGGAGCUGCACUGCCGGUUGAGGUGGGAGAUCGCCUUGUUCGCAACGAGGUUAACCUCAUCUCAAGAUUUGGCAGCGCUGAGUGCGGGUUUCUAUUGUCUUCUUACAGAAACUUUGCAAAGGACAAAGAAUGGCAGUAUUUGCGGAACUAUAACCCUGCCGAACUGGUGGAAUUUGAGCGUCAAGAUGACGGACUAGCAGAGUUGGUGGUAAAGCCUGGAUGGCCACAUAUGGCCAAGACUAACAGGGAGGACGGUUCCUUCGCAACGGCAGAUCUAUUCGAGAGCCAUCCAAAGAUUGGAAAUGCCUGGUUCUAUCACUCAAGAGCUGACUCUCAAUUGACUUUGAUCACUGGUAAAAAGUUCGACCCAGCUCCUGUCGAAGCUGCGAUCGCUACGGCAGAAGAGCUAGAUGACGUAUUGAUAUUUGGAGAUAACCGCCCUUUUCCAGGUGCACUUCUGCUUCGCUCCCAGAAUGCGAGUGGUCUAUCAGAUGAGGAGGUCCUCAGUGCGAUCUGGCCGCAAAUCGACAAGUUGAACAAAGAAAGCCAGGACCAUGCGCGGAUACCACGACAUAUGCUUAUCCCCGUCGAACACCAAGAUAAGCCGUUAGAGAAGAGUAGUAAAGGCACGAUCAUCAGAAAGGCAGCGGAAGCGAGGUUCAGCCGCCUUAUUGAAGGUGCAUACGAAACAAAGGAUGACCAAGAGUUCCAAGAUGUCGAUGAUAAGGACUUGCCGCAGUAUCUCUCUCAACUCGUUCAAUCUAUGAUACAGAGUUCAGUUCUACCUGAAGAAGACACCGAUCUCUUCUCGUAUGGCGUUGAUUCAAUCGCCUGCAUGCGGCUGCGAAGCAAAUUACAUCAAUUAACCCCGAACUACAACCAAGAGCUCCCGCUUAGCGUCGUCGAAGACUGUAGUACCAUCCGCAAUCUGAGCAACUACAUUAUACGGAAGCGUCAUGGCGAGGCUGAUGCCAAUACUGAGGAUGAGGAGCAAAUGAUGCUUGAUCUCGUUGAAAGAUACGGUGACUUCAGCAGCUACAAACCAGCAUCGCAAGAGCCCAAGAGUGGAGAACAAAGGAAGCUAGACUCUGGCGAAGUCAUCGUCCUUACUGGUGCUACUGGUGCCCUCGGCGCGCACAUCCUCGAUCUUCUCCGCUCCUCAAGGACUGUCUCCGCCAUCUACUGUCUCGUCCGCGGCGCAGACGAAUCAGCAGCUAAAGAGCGCGUCAGCAAGGCCCUCUCGCAGCGAGGUCUAACCGAUCUCUCUUCUGCGUCCAAGUCCAACGAAAAGGUCAAAAUUGUACAAGCAGCACUAGGCGAGCCACGACUAGGGCUACCGGACGACGUUUACAACGACCUGGCUGCGGAGGCAACGUCCAUCCUCCACAUCGCUUGGACGGUCAACUUCCGCCUCAAACUGCGCAGCUUCGCGAAAGAUAACCUGGCUGGCGUGAGACACUUGCUUGACCUCGCGCUCGCAGCUGGACGCGCCGAUCCACCGCGUUUCGCGUACUGUUCAUCUACCGCAUCUAUCAUCAACAGCGCACCGGACGCAGAAGGAUGUCUUCCAGAGCACCUAUCGGAUGAUCCAGCGGCUGCGAGCCCACUCGGAUACUCGCGAUCGAAAUGGGUUGCCGAGCAUAUCUGUCUCGCUGCGCACCGCGGAACCAGUCUGAACGGUCGCAUAUCUGUGAUAAGAGUCGGACAGUUGUCUGGCGACUCUAGGACCGGGAUAUGGAACACGAAGGAAGCGUGGCCGAUGAUGCUGAGCACCGCGCGACUCAUAAGCUGUCUGCCUCAGCUCGGCGACGCGCCGCUCGAUUGGCUGCCCGUCGACAUUGCUGCCGAGGCCUUCCUACAAGCCGCAAGUGCUCCUUCCACAAGUGGACACGACGUGCAAGUCUACCACGUCCUGAAUCCGCACCGAGAGCCUACCUGGGCCACCAUGCUUAGGUGGUUGAAGAAGAAACAGAAUUUCAAGGUUGUCUCGCCAGAAGAGUGGGUUAGGCGACUGGGGAGAUGCAAGAGUGACGGGUAUUCCGCGAUGAAGUUGCUUGGGCUUUGGCAGGAGGCGUAUGGGGAGGGGAAAGACAAGGCGGAGGUUGAAGAAGGCAAGGACGCGAAAUUCUCAAUUAGAGGAACGCAAAAGAGUAUUGAAGCUAUCCGGGGAGUGAGGCCGUUAGAUGAGGAGUACGUCGGUAGGAUUUGGGAGUGGGUGCAGGCGAACGUUCAUUGA